GAAUUCAUUCCAUGUUCUGUCCGUAGUCCGGAUAAUAAAGCAUGCCUAAGAAAAACGAUAGCGAUUUCAUAGGAACAAUAGAAGAUGAUGACAAUAUAUCAAUAGAAACGGAGUCAUCUGCUGAUGAAGAUGAGACAACACAUGCUCGAAAAAAACCAAAGAUAAAUAACAAAAAUAAGGCUCCAGAAUUUAAUACUGAAUUCGAAUUUAACUUUGGACAAAAUGAUAAGAUUGAAUUUGAUCGGGAUAUUGCAACUGAAUGGGCAAAAAAGAAAAGAGAGAUUACUAGCCUAGAAGAAAAAAUUGCAAAUGCUAAGAAAAAACACAAAAAUGACACUAAAGACAAUGAUGAAGAUGAAAUGGUAGAUGAAUUAGAUGAGAGUAGUGAUUCAGAUGUAGAAAAACAAAAACCUGAUAAAUUGAAGCUUAAGGAGAAGAAACUUUCAAAGAAGCGUAAAAAAGAAAUGGCAGAAGUAGAAAUUGAUAAAAUACAAUAUUCUAAAGAAAUUAAUGAAUAUGAUAGAAGUUUAGGAUUUUCCGAUAUGAAUAUAUCUAGACCUAUUUUAAAGGCAUUAAGUGGAAUGAACUUCAAUAAACCAACUCCCGUUCAAACUGCUUGUAUUCCUGUUGCUCUUCUUGGUAAAGAUGUAUGCGCUUGUGCCGCUACCGGUACUGGUAAAACUGCAGCUUUCAUGAUUCCAACACUGGAGCGUUUACUGUAUAGGCCUACCCAAACUCCAACAACUAGGGUUUUGGUGUUGGCACCUACGAGAGAAUUAGCUGUUCAAAUUUAUCAAGUUUCGAAGCAAUUAGCAGCCAAUGUAAAUGUUCAUAUAUCUUUAUCUGCUGGUGGUAUGGAUGUUAAAGCUCAAGAAGCAGCCUUAAGACUAGGUCCAGAUAUCGUUAUAGCAACACCUGGUCGUUUAAUAGAUCAUCUUCAUAACGCGCCUAACUUUCAUUUAAAUUCUGUAGAGGUUCUCAUUCUUGAUGAAGCAGAUAGGAUGCUCGAUGAAUAUUUCGCUGAACAAAUGAAAGAAGUUAUAAGAUUGUGUUCCAAAACUAGACAAACUAUGCUAUUUUCUGCCACAAUGACAGAAGCUGUCAAAGACUUGGCGGCUGUAUCCUUGCAAGAUCCCGUUAAGGUUUUUGUCAAUCAAAAUACGGACGUUGCGUUUAAUUUAAGACAAGAAUUUAUAAGGAUUAGAGAGGGGAGUGAAGGCGAUAGAGAGGCAAUCAUUAUUGCCCUUCUCAAAAGAACAUUUCAUUCGGAAGUUAUACUCUUUGUACAAACUAAGAAGCAGGCUCAUCGAUUGCAUAUUUUACUUGGUCUUAGCGGUAUCAAGGUUGCCGAACUUCAUGGAAAUCUUUCACAGGCUCAAAGAUUAGAAUCUUUAUCCACAUUUAAACAUGGCGAAGUUGAUGUUCUUAUAGCAACAGACGUAGCUGCAAGAGGAUUGGAUAUUGCUGGUGUAAAAACUAUCAUAAACUUCACGAUGCCCAAUAGUUUACCUCAUUAUAUUCAUCGAGUUGGUCGAACGGCUAGAGCUGGUCACAUUGGACGAUCUGUUUCCCUGGUUGGUGAGAGUGAAAGAAAGUUGCUUAAGGAAAUCAUUAAAAAAACUAGAAAAGGUGUUAAGAAUCGUGUUAUUCCGGCUAACGUUAUAGCAAAAUAUCGCGAUAAAGUGGUUUCAUUCGAAGGGGAUAUAAAAGAUAUCUUGGAACAAGAAGAUGAGGAGAGAGAAAUUAGAUCGACUGAAAAUAAAAUGAAUAAAGCGCAAAAAGUUCUUGAUGGUGAUGACGAAAGAAAAAGAACUUGGUUCCAAACUCAUAAAGAGAGACAAGAAGAAAAGUCAAGAAUGAGACUUACUGAACCAAAAAAGAACUCUAGAGUAAUGAUGAAAAUGAUGAAAAAUCAAGAUAAAGCAACACCCGAAACCAGAGUAAAACAAGAAAUUGAUUUAUCUUUAGCAUAUUCAAUCAGACAAUCGAAACGAGACGGAAAGCAGAAGAGGAUACGCGCUUGUGUAGAAAGUGAACCGCCAAAAAAGAAAAAGAAGACUUCUAAGAGUAACGUCACGAGAAAUCUAACAAAGAUUGACAAUAGAAGCGUCAAACAACUACGACAUGGACAUAGACCUAUUGGAAGCGUCGUUAAACGUAUUCUUUCCGAAGUGUUGACAUGUCCAAGGUGCGGCCAAUAUUUUAACGAACCGCGAAUUUUACCAUGCUCCCAUACACUCUGCUCGAAACCUUGUCUAAAAGAGGCCUACAACUCUAAGAGUGAAAGUCUUGAUUGUCCGAUUUGUAAGAAAAGUUUCUCAAGUUUGAAAGAAGAUUUCGAGAAUUAUCCAUUUAAUUUGAACGUUAUAAAUGUUCAAAAGAUCAUUCCAAAUCCUUUAAACAGACAUUUAUGUGUUGAAUUUGACAAUUGCGUCGCCGAAGCAACUCAUAGGUGUCUCACUUGCUGUAAUUUUUACUGUGCCAAAUGUCGAUUACAUCACGAAAAACUACUAGCAGAUCAUAACGUUAUGACCUUAAAUGAUCUAUAUUCUGGUGGCAAGAUUCAAGAAUUACUUGAAUCUGCUGAACUUGCUGAAAAAUGCCAACAACACAAUAACAUACCAGUUACUUUCUUUUGCGUAGACGAUUCCUGUCAAAUAGCGGUUUGUGAUGCAUGUAUUGAAACUGAGCACAAAGGACACAAGAUCAAAGAUCUACAAGCUGUUCGUAAAUCGCAUACUUUAGACUUAAGGAAACAUGGGCGAGAAUUGGAACUUUAUAUUUCCGACAAUGAAAAGUUGGUAGAAAAAGAAAUGGUGAGAAUUCAAGGAAGGGUUGAUCGUACAAGAGAAAAAAUUGAACAAGAAGCAGAUGGUUUAAAGAAUAUCAUUGAAAAAAUUAAAAAUGAUAGAUUAUCCGAAUUGGCAAAGAUUAACGAUGGAAUUGCUGAUUUGGGUGGAAGUGUUAAUGCGAAGCUUAAGAAAUUGAAUGAUACACGAAAUCAACAAGAUCACGUAGUUCCUUUGGGAACAGUUUUUGAUUUGCAAACUAUUGGUGAUCAUUUUCAUUCGAAAGCGUCUAGCUUACAACAACAGACUCAACGCCAUUUGGAGAAUUUAUACGAAAUUAACUUAUCAUUUGAAAAAGGUAGCUCUUUCAAUCGGAUUCAAGAGAUCCUCGAAGCUGAAUUCGGUAAGGUUGUUCCAAGAGGCCUGCCGAAUGGUCAAUAUUCAUUGGAAAAAAAAUAUUCUUUCGGUGGCAUUAGCUUGGAAUCUGAAAUUCGGGUUGGAAACGCUUCGGCGAUAGACGUUUAUGGACAAUGUUUAUAUGUUGCGUCUAGGCAGGACGGUAUUAAGGUAUAUCAUAUGGGCGAUGGUCAACAGAUCACCAAAUGGCCUAUGCCCGAAAUAGGAGAGGGCAAAUGGAAAGUAAGCGGGGUCGCCGUGUUAGAUAAUAAAGUCUACGUAACCUACGAUAACAGCGACGGAAUCGUAAGCGUCCAUGAACUUAACGGUCGGGUUAUUGAACUCUGGAGGAAAAUUUACGGAAAGAAUCAAGUAAACGUAACGGCUAGGGAAAAUUGUGUUGUUCUAUCAAGUCCUAACGAAUCAAAAGUUCUUGUAUAUUCAACCGAUGGAAGACAUCAAUUGACCAUUUCCGAACACCUAAAAACACCAAUUUAUUCUCUACAUUCAAAACAAAAAUUCUACGUUUGCGAUAGCUCUAAAUCAUCAAUACUUGUUUAUGGACCAAGUGGUCGCCAUUUAAACAACAUACCAAUCAAUUGCCGCCCGUCAAGCCUGCUGGUAAAUGACCAAGGUAUAAUUAUGAUUACCGAUUGGCAAGGUCAUAGAAUUUUAUUUACUACGUCAAGCCGUUUCGUAAGAUCAUUAAUUAACCACUCUGAGCAUGGAAUAUGGGCUCCAACUCAAAUUCUUCACCGUCAACCGUCCAAGAUAAUACUCCUUGAAUCAAGUCGAAAUGUCGUAAAAGUAUUCGGUUACAAGACAAGUUAA